AUUUUUAGGUUAUAUUGUUGUUUUUAUAUUGCGAUUAUAUUAUUUUAGUCCCAAAUAAUGUCAACAAAGUACGAAAAAAUAUUCGUCACCGUUGGCACAACACGAUUCGAUACUUUAUGUAAGACCAUCAAUAAAGAAUCCACACUCGAAGCAUUAAAACGGUUGGGAUGCAAAGAAGUUACCAUGCAGAUCGGUUCUAGCGAUUUUAAAACAGGCGAAUACGUAAAAUGCGGGAUAAAUCUGCAUUUAUACAAAUACAAAGAUUCCUUAGACGAGGAUAUAAUGAACGCUGACCUGGUUAUAAGUCACGCCGGGGCAGGAACUUGCCUAGAAGUGUUAGAAGCCAAUAAACCACUUCUAGUCGUCGUAAACGAGGACUUGAUGGAUAACCAUCAACUGGAGCUAGCGGAGCAGCUUCAGGUCGACGGACACUUGUACUAUUGCACGUGUGACACGUUGGAAAGCACUAUGCAAGAAGUCGAUUUUAGUUUACUCAGGGCAUUUCCUAAGCCGGACGCUUCGUUGUUUGUUAAGUUUCUAGAUGAUGUGUUCAAGGUUACACUGCCUUCAAGCCAGAAAUAGUACAUAAAUAUUAAAUAAACCAGCAGAAGAUU